CACAGCUUGGCUGCGCUCCACCCAGAGACCUCGUGGUUUCCUCUGCCUGCCAGGCCUGCCUGGAAGCCUGCAGGGAGGGUUGGGUUUCUCUUGCUGUCCACACCUGGGCAAGAGCUGAGCAGAGGGAAGGGGUCCUUCCUGACUGACUCCAUUCCAGCCGGACGCCACGUGACUCGGAGGGGCUGGUGGACACUGAACCAGAGCCCCCGAGAGGCUCUGAGGACAGGAGCCCUGGGCGGCGGCCAGGGCAGAGCCAGGCCCAGGGUCAGAGCAGGCAAGAUCGGCCGCUCGUCCGCCCCCGGCGGGAGGGGCGGGGGCACAGCUUCCUGAGCCCCAGACUCAACUGUUGUGGUUGCAGGGCCAUCAGGAGAGAGAGAGAACUGGACACAUGCCCGCAGCACCCCCUGCCCCCCACCCCAUGAUGGACCCCAGAGAAGCCGGGCAGCAUGGGGAGGCCACCGACGGCGCCCAGGAAGAUGUGGCCUUCAACCUUGUCAUCCUGUCCCUCACCGAGGGGCUCGGCCUGGGUGGGCUGCUGGGGAAUGGGGCAGUCCUCUGGCUCCUCAGCUCCAAUGUCUACAGAAACCCCUUUGCCAUCUACCUCCUGGAUGUGGCCUGCGCGGACCUCAUCUUCCUUGGCUGCCACAUGGUGGCCGUGGUCCCCGACUUGCUGCCAGGCGGGCUGGACUUCCCGGGCUUCGUGCAGACCAGCCUGGCCACGCUGCGCUUCUUCUGCUACAUCGUGGGCAUAAGCCUCCUGGGCGCCGUGAGCGUGGAGCAGUGCCUGGCCGCCCUCUUCCCGGCCUGGCACUCGUGCCGCCGCCCACGCCACCUGACCACCUGCGUGUGCGCCCUCACCUGGGCCCUCUGCCUGCUCCUGCACCUGCUGCUCAGCGGCGCCUGCACCCAGUUCUUCGGGGAGCCCAGCCGCCACCUGUGCCGGGCGCUGUGGCUGGUGGCCGCGGCGCUGGUGGCCACGCUGUGCUGCACCAUGUGUGGGGCCAGCCUGCUGCUGCUGCUGCACCUGGAGCGAGGCCCCCAGCGGCCCCCGCCCCGGGGCUUCCCCGCGCUGGUCCUCCUCACCGUCCUCCUCUUCCUCUUCUGCGGCCUGCCCUUCGGCAUCUACUGGCUGUCCCGGAACCUGCUCUGGCACAUCCCCCACUACUUCUACCACUUCAGCUUCCUCAUGGCCGCCGUGCACUGCGCCGCCAAGCCCGGCGUCUACUUUUGGCUGGGCAGUGCCCAGGGCCGCAGGCUGCCCCUCCGGCUGGUCCUCCAGCGGGCGCUUGGAGACGAGGCUGAGCUGGGGGCUGCCAGGGACACCUCCCGCCGGGGCCUGGUGGACAUAGCAGCCUGAGCCCUGGGGGCCCCGACCCCAGCUCAGCCUCUGGGAGCCAGGAGGAGUUGCCAUCCUGCCUCCGGGAAGACGGUGGGGUCAGAGGCUGGGGCCAGCCGGACCUGGAGGAGGCCUUGGUGGGUGACCCGGUCAUGUGCUGUCGAAGCUGUGACCCUGGCUCCCGGGCACAAGGCUCCCCUGGGAGGCAGCUGGAAAGGCAAGAUCUCUAUAUGCCCAGGCAGGUGGGCCGGGUUUCUGGGGAGAAGGCCCAGGAAUGUGCAUUUUUGGGAAACCUCCCUGACAGUUCAUGCACAGGCACCCGUUCCCUGCUC